UAGUAGGAAACUGUUUGACAGCCUACCAGAGACAACGAUUGCUGUCUUGCGCACAGAUUAUGAUACGCACAUAUAUUCACUCCAAUAACUUUCUUACUUCAUCACACAUCCAUUUCUCCGUUGUAUCUCCCGUCUAUAGCACGCAGAAUCAGACAAGACUAUUGAAAACUGAUUCGUCCUCCUACAACCUACGCUUAGGCUUACUUCCUCAGUGUUAUGACGGACCAGUCUCAUAAUCCACCAGCUCUACCAGAUGGCCUUCGCUACUAUCUCCUUCGCGACAGUAUCAUGGUCCCCCUGGUUCCUGUAGACCAGCUGGCUUUCCAGCUCCAGGGAAUGCCACGCCAGCUGAACCAUCGUCAGAUGUCCGACGAGGGUUGGAAGUAUCUUACGGAAACCAGCGAGGCCCCAUCUACGAUUCCUAUUCAGGCCCCCACCGCAAUGUUCCCUUCUCACUUCACCGCGAAGCCUCGAUUUCUUGCUCCAGACCACCAUGUCCGACACGACUCACUGGCUACACGAGCAGACAACCCACGAAUUGAUCGUUCCUCUCUUUCAGCUACCGAGAACAUACCGGAGCUUCCCCAUCCGCUUGCCAGGUCUGGCGCUGAGCGUCCUUCAUCCCUAACCGACACCUUCGCCUCGAUUUACCAAAACGACGCGCAACGGCUCGGAUAUCGUAUGUCUUAUCCGUCAGGAAUUGAGCCAGAUCCAACGAAGAAAGAGUACUGCACCCACUGGAUCAAGACCGGUGAAUGCGCGUUCAUCUCUAUCGGCUGCAAGUUCAAGCAUGAGAUGCCCACGACUGAGAAGCUACGCGAGCUGGGUUUUACUCAAGGCAUGCCAAGGUGGUGGAAGGAGAAGUCCGCCCUCGCAUCCAGAGGUCCGACGUGGAUGCAGCGGCGCCUGGCCGAAGGCAACGACGACGGAGAGAUGCCAACCCCGCGCGCUUUCCCUGAUCCUUCGACAUUCAAGAGCAGCCAAGCUGGUGAUCGCGGCGAGCUCUAUAAUGGCAUGCGUCAACCGAGAGACUCCCUCAGGAGGGAGGCGGUGACUGAAUCAACAACGACAUCACGUUCAGCCCCACCUCCAGUGCCAGUACAAGCUCCAUCCCGAUCAGCCGGCCGUGCGUUGAACCUCCUCAUCGAUCUAGAUGAGACACUUGCGCCUCCACCUAGCCCACAGCCAUCCAACAGCUCCUCGGCCAGCGCUGGAUCCCAUGACACGCAUCCUUCCAGUAGCAUCUCAGUGUCACCGCCCUUAUCGCCUACCGUCGACUGCACUCCAUCCCCUGUCGUAAAUCGUAAGAUGGGUGGCAGCCAGAAAGAGCAGUCGGUCACCACUCGGCCAUGUGUCCGCCAACACUCUCAGAUCUCCUGGGCUUCUGAGAGCGAGGAAGAUGUUAAGCCUGCCCAGCCAGUUUUGAACAAGCGAAAGUCGAACCCUCGCAAGACUGCACAGCGAUCUACGGAACCAGUCAAGAAGCCUGGCCUGGCCUACUCAAAGCACGCUGUAGGCAAUCAGACCAAAAACGCAGAGUACUCUGGCAAAUCUGCGAAUCCGAGGACGACCGGGCCGAAGAGUAACGAAGUGGCCGCACCUGAAUUAUUCUCUAAGAUUGAGCAGCUUCGCCGGGAGAUUCACCAGAAAGAGAGGGUAAAGAAGGGUACUACUAGAUAUGAGGGACAAGGCCGCGCUACUGUCAACUCGAUCGCACCUGUUAAACAAACAGUCACGUAACUGAGUACGCCAAGGCGAGCCGAGCCAUGUGGGUGUGUCUAUACAUCCCUUGUCAAGCACAAACGGUCGGCCGCAUGUUGACAGGACAUGCUCGCCAUCUCGGCCCGACAUCUGAGGGGGUGCUGUGUAGUAGUAUAAGCAACUUAUGAGUCCGCUUGGUAUAGUAGAGGUUAUGCAUUGUUCAGCUUGCACAUUCGUUUUUGCAUUGGAAAGGUGUAUACUAGUAGCGUUUUUGAAUUUCUUUCCUUCUUUCCCAUAGACUUUUAGAGUUCCUUUUGCAUUCACCUGCGUUGUGCUGUUUUAAAACUGUUAGUUUUGUCCCGAAAUUCUCUUGUUAGCAAAAACAUCAUGUCCUUCGACUCAUGCCCCUCAAGAUGCAAGUACGUAGAACCUGCUCUAGUGACGCGUGUAAUAGCAUGUAUUAUACGCAUCAACUAAAUCGUGCAGUGAUCUAAUUUUUCGUUCAUUCCC